UCAGUGUAUGUUUUUAUAAUUUCAGGAGAGCAUGUACAUCUGGUAGAAAAUGAGAUACAGGCUCAUAUAGACCUCGUAGUGAGUAACUGUGAGAGGUUAGAUAUCUUGGUAAACAAGGAACCACCAACACGAAGAAGUAAUGCCAAAAUGAAAGCUGAUCAGUUAAAAUAUGAUUGCCAGCACUUACAGUCGGCACUUCGUCAACUUCAGCAUAGAAGAUAUCAGAAAGAACAAGAAGAAAGAGAUCGAGAAGCUCUCCUUACGCGGAGGUUUGAACGAAAUGACGCAGACACGACAAUAGCUAUGGAUGCUGCACUGCAACAUAACACAAAGCUUAACGAUGCAAAUCGUGAGAUGGACAACUUGUUAGGGCAUGGGUCAAGUUUAUUAACAAAUUUAAAAGAACAGCGUUACACUCUGAAAAAUGCACACAAAAAGAUUCUUGAUAUAGCAAAUACAUUAGGGCUUUCAAACACGGUGAUGAGAUUUAUAGAACGUCGGACAACACAGGAUAAAUAUAUUCUAUAUACUGGAAUGAUUGUGACAUGUAUAAUCAUGUUCCUAGCUUGGAAAUAUUUAACAUGAAUGAUGGAUUUGUGAAUAGUGCAAUUUUUUAAAGUCAGGAUUGACAUAUUUCUGGUAGUGAGGAUCGAUGGUCUCUGUUCAGGAGAACAGGCCUACAAAGAACAGAACUCUUAAGAAGUUAAAUCUAAUAUUUCUCAAUAGGAUGCAAAAAAAGUGCAAAGCAAAAAGUUCUAUCAACUUUAAAGUUUUCAGUAUUCCAGCUUAUAUGAAAUACACAGAAGUUACAUUUUGAUAGCAGAUUUUUUUGGUUUGUAACAUUUUUCCAAGCCUAGCAUUGUUUGCCAUUUAAUUAAAAGAUGGAAUGAGACAAUAAUUAGAGAUCUGUAAUUUUCCAAAGAUAUGCUUCUGCCUUGAAUGAUGUUUUAACUUAAAUUUUCAUAGAGAUUUGACAUAAGUUUUGUGUAAUCUUGUGUUUAAUCAAUGGGAAAAGAGAUGUUUAUUUUAUAUAUGCUAAAAUUUCCUGACCUUUAAGAAAUGAAAGUUUCAGGACUAAAUCCAGUGCUAUACAUUCCUGGCAUUUUUGAUUGACCAAUUUAUUAAAGCUCAAAUAUUACUUAUGUGUAGAAACAAAAUUCAAACAGCUUGAAUUACUUGUAAUUUAAACAGUUGUCAAUUUUUAACAAGUAAAUUAUGGCACUGAGGUCCAUAUAAUUAUAUUAUCAGGCUGUCUAGCGUCCCUAAAAUUCCUACUUUUUCCUAUUUUUUUUCAAUUUGGCUAAAAUUCCUAUUUUUUUUAAAAAAUCAAAGGAAAUUCCUAAAAAGGCCCUAUUUUUUCACAAAGAUUCCUAAUUUUUUAACUUUUUUGCAAUGAUCAAAAAGAGAAAAUGUUUUAAAUGUUGUUUAAAAGUUCUUCUAAUUCAGAAAAAAACAAUUUAGCACAGUUCAAAACAGUGGAAAGCUAGGAGACGUCUUUUCUGUAAAUAAAGCACUAUUUCUGAGUAACUUUUAUGUCAAUCACAUAAAGGUAAACACAUUACAUGGUCUUUAAAGUCCAUAUUUUGAUUUGAAAAUUCCUAAAUUUAGCCCUUAAAUUUCCUUAAAAUUGUACCAAAUUCCUAAUUUUAGCCCUAUUUUUUUGUACAAAUUGCCCUAAAAUUAGCCCUAAUUUAUUGUCGGGGUAUGCUAGACAGCCUGUAUUAUGCAAGUUUACUAGGCCCACAUUUCCGUUUUGGUCUUUACUAUAUACCUGUUAGUACACUAGCUGUUACGGACAAUGCUGUCAGAAUAUUAUUUGUUUUAGUAGACCAGAUUAAAACUAAACAUGGAGAAUACUAUAGUGAAAAAGAUUUAAUAUAUAAAAGAUGAUAAUUAUUUUUUUUUUUUCAUCUGUUGCAUUGGGUAAGUCACAGAAAUUUUAAUUUUUUUGCUGAGUACUCCAGAUCAAAAUGCUUAUCUCAUGAUGACAUCGGCUCUGAUUUGCAAAAGAAGUAGAUUUAUGAGUGAUUCAAAUGUGACAAUAACCUUCAACAAAAUGUGAAAUAAAUUUAUUAUCAUCUUAACAGAAAAGGUUUCUGUGACAUACAUUUUGGAGGGCAAAUCGCUCGACUAGUCUAAGAGGGGUUAUCCAGAAUUACAUGGACUUUUCUUCUAAUGAAUCAUUUCAUAUGAAUUUGUGUAAAGUAUGCUUUCAUAUUUUUUUUAGAAUUAUCACAUGAUUUUCUUACUGAUAGCAAGUCCAUAGUUUGCGCUACAGACUGGUUUUAAGAGUUCCACACUAAAUUUUACUGGGCUAAAGUCAAAACUUGAAGAAAAAAUAAUUUAGUCAUGUAAUAAAACACUGAAUGGCUUGCUGGUCAAUAAUUGUGUAUUAUUCCCUAUUUGCAACACAGCACAACCAUUGCCGUCCAUUUAUAUUUUCUAGUCACCAUAGCAACAGGUAAAUGCAAGCAGAUCUAACAACCCUGAACUGAAAAAUUAAUGUUGGUAACCAUGUUGACGGUAAUGUGUCAAGUUUUAUGGCAUUAUAUUAAGCAAGUGAUGAUUUCACCACUAUUCAGGUUUGCUUAUAAAUUGUCAUCGCAGAUUUCACUAUCUUAUAAAUGCAAAAUCAUUUGAUUUUGUCUGGGUUGAAUUACAGCAUACAUAUUUCAUACAGAGCUCAGAUCUAUGCUAGCAUACUGAAUAUCUGAUAGAGGAUAUGCAUGCAAAUAAGUACAUUGUCAUUCAGACCAAUUGUUCACCCCUUGAAUUUGUGUUUUGAAAGAAAUGCAUUCAAUCUUUGUUACAUGAUUAUUAUGUAAGCAUAUAAGAGCUGUUCAUUUUGCCAAAAUGAUUUUUAUGCCCCCCUUCAAAGAAGGAGGGGUAUAUUGUUUUGCAGAUGUCGGUCGGUCGGUUGGUCGGAAUGUAGACCAAUCCGUUUCCGGAUGAUAACUCAAGAACGCUUGGGCCUAGGAUCAUGAAAGUUGAUAGGGAGGUUGGUCAACACCAGCAGAUGACCCCUAUUGAUUUUGAGAUUAUGCCCCCCUUCGAAGAAGGAGGGGUAUAUUGUUUUGCAGAUGUCGGUCGGUCGGUCGGUCUGUCGGUCGGUCGGUUGGUCGGAAUGUAGACCAAUCCGUUUCCGGAUGAUAACUCAAGAACGCUUGGGCCUAGGAUCAUGAAAGUUGAUAGGGAGGUUGGUCAUCACCAGCAGAUGACCCCUAUUGAUUUUGAGGUCUGUAUGUCAAAGGUCAAGGUCACAGUGACCCUGAAUAGUAAAACGGUUUCCAGAUGAUAACUGAAGAACACUCAGGCCUAGGAUCAUGAAAGUUGAUAGGGGGAUUGGUAAUGGCCAGCAGAUGACCCCUAUUGAUUUUGAGGUCAGUAUGUUAAAGGUCAAGGUCACAGUGACCCUGAACAGUAAAACGGUUUCCGGAUGAUAACUCAAGAACGCUUAGGCCUAGGGUCACAAAAGUUAAUACUAAUAGGGAAGUUGGUCAUGACCAGCAGAUGACCCCUAUUGAUUUUGAGGUCAGUACGUCAAAGGUCAAGGUCACAGUGACCAGGAACAGUAAAGUGGUUUCCAGGCAAUAACUCAAGAACGCUUGGGCCUAAUGUCAGGAAAAUUAAUAGUUAGGUUGGCCAUAACCAGCAGAUGACUCCUAUUGAUUUUGAGGUCAUUAGGUCAAAGGUCAAAGUCACAUUGGCCAGGAACAGUUAAACGGUUUCUGAUCUUCUUGUCCAAAACCAUAGGGCCUAGGGCUUUGAUAUUUGGUAUGUACCAUAAUCUAGUGGUCCUCUAACAAGAAUGUUCAGAUUAUUUCCCUGAGGUCAAAUAUGGCCCCACCCUGGGGGUCACAUGGUUUAUAUAGACUUAUAUAUAGGAAAAAACUUUGAAAAACCUCUUGUCCAAAACCACAGGGCCUAGGGCUUUGAUAUUUUGUAUAUGACAUCAUCGAGCGGUCCUCAACUAAGAUUAUUCAAAUUAUUCCCCUAGGGUCAAAUAUGGCUCCGCCCUAGGGGUCACAUGGUUUACAUAGACUUAUAUAGAGAAAAACUUUGAAAAUCUUCUUGUCCAAACCACAAAGACUAUGGCUUUGAUAUUUUGUUAUGUAGCAUCAUUUAGUGGUUCUCUACCAAGUUUGUUCAAAUUAUCCGUCCAGGGUCAAAUAUGGCCCCGCCCCGGGGGUCAUAUGGUUCAGUUAGACUUAUAUAGGGAAAAACUUAGAAUCUUCAUGUCAGUAACUUACAUCAUUCAAAUUUGGACCACAUGUAUAGUUUUGAGUAGCAAGAUGAACCUUGACAUGAGUUGACCUUGAUCUUGACCUAGUGACCUACUUUCACAUUUCUGUGCAUACAGCCUUCAAAUUAGGACCACAUGCAUAGGUUUGUGUACAGAAAAAAACUUUGACCUUGUUAUUGACCUAGUGACCUACUUUCACAUUUUUGAAGGUACAGGCUUCAAAUUUGGACCACAUGCAUAGUUUUUUGUUCCAAAAUAAAAUUUGACCUUGAUUUUGACCUAGUGACCUACUUUCACAUUUCUCAAGCUACAGCCUUCAAAUUUGAACCACAUGCAUAGUUUUGUGUACUGAAAUGAACUUCGAUCUUGAGAUUGACCUAGUGACCUACUUUCACAUUUCUGAAGGUACAGGCUUCAAAUUUGGAUCACUUGCGUAGUUUUGUGUUCCGAAAUAAAAUUUGACCUUGAUUUUGACUUUGUGACCUACUUUCACAUUUCUCAAGCUACAGCUUUCAAAUUUGGACCACAUACACAUUAUUUUGUACCAAAAUGAAAUUUGACCUUGAUUUUGACCUUGAACAAGUCUUGAAAUUUGGAACAUUCAAAAAUGGCUCAGUGGAUGGCGCCAAGAUCACUCUGUAAUCUCUUGUUAGGUUAAUAAGUUAAAGGUCAAGGUCAGAUUAAACCAGAAUGAACUUUUGUUUACAGUGAGCAUAUAAUUUCUGUUCCUUGUGCAAUUACUGAAUGCAUCAAGGGGGCCAUUUCGUGUUUGACGAGCUCUUGUUUUUUAUAUAUUUUCAUUUGUAUUUAUGCAUUAAAUGAUACCAAUCAAAGCUAAA